AAAAAUAAUUUUGGGAAAACGGACUCAGAUCACCUAGUGUUGGACAUAAUGAAUUCAGUCAAGCCUGAACCCAUUUUUAUUACGUCAAUACAACCUGGUCAUGGUUUGAGCAGAUCAUUGAUCGUGAAAUGGAAAAACCCUUUGAAAUUACCAAAAGUGUUUCCACUGAAAUAUCACCUCCGAUAUCGAAUGGCUAGGAUUGCAGACUGGAUUGAGGCUGAUCAAAAUGAAACAUCUCAUCAUGCAGAGUUUUUCAUGAUUAAAGGCCUAAGGCCAUUUACAAAGUAUAUUGUGGCAAUCCGUUGCAUGAAACAGGAUGGAAAAGGUUAUUGGAGUGAUUGGAGUUUGGAGGAAACAGGAACUACUUCUGAAGAUCGACCAUCUCAAGGGCCAAAACUGUGGAUAAUAAAUAAAAAUCCAAGUUUACAAAAUAGACCAGUACUCAUCAUGUGGAAGGAACUGAGCAAGUCUGAGGCUAAUGGUAUCAUAAAAGGAUACCAAUUGAAGAUAAAAGAAAGAAAAAGUCAGGCAGUGAUGUGCAUCAACAGUACUAACCUGGAGUAUAGUCUCAUUCUUUCUGGAGAAUCAUGCGUAAUAUCAAUUACUGCCUACAACUCAGUCGGAAACUCCCCCGAGUCUGUGCUCUUACUGCCGUCAGCAAAUCAGAAAGAACUCCCAGCUGUUCAAUAUGUCAGUGCUGUCCCACAUAAUGACCAACUAAUGGUAGAAUGGAAAGCUCCUAGCUCCACUGUAAAUACGUACAUAGUUGAAUGGUGUGUGGCAGAUUCAGAUAGUAAUGAGUGCAGUGGACUAGUAGACUGGAUAUAUAAACCGAACACCACAAACAAGGCAUUUGUGAAAGAGAACAUAUUGCCAUUUAAGCGCCAUAAGAUAUCAGUUUACCCUUUGUACAAUGAUGGUCCUGGAUCUCCACUUUCAACAAAGGCAUAUCUACAACAAGACUCUCCAGCAUUUGGUCCCUUUGUUCAUCUGAAGAAAACAGGAAAAACAACAGCUCAGUUGGAAUGGGAUGAAAUUCCGGUAAAUGAAAGGCGUGGAUUCAUCACAAAUUACACCAUUUUUUGCAAGAACGCUGGUGAAAAUGAAUCAUAUGUAACAGUGGGCUCAGCAAGUCGACAACACACAUUAGUUAACUUAAAAAGCAAUACUUUGUACCGAGUAAUUGUCAUGGCUUCAACAGCAAAGGGAAGUACAAAUGGUACAGCUAUCUCUUUCAAAACAUUAGCCUUUGCGAAACAAGAAAUUGCAGCUAUCAUAUCAUCCACCAUCCUGGUUUCCUUGUCAGUCACUAUUAUGAUGUUAUUUGCGUACUUUAUGAACAAGACUCCUAAAAAGAAUUGUCAGAAUGUCCCAAAUGCAGCAUACAGCCAUCUAACAACAUCAAAAUGUCAAACUAAGAAUAAUUUUGAAGGGAAAGAACUGGGAAAGGCUUCUGUGAGCGUCAGAACUAUAGAACAGCACCAGCAAAGCAUUUUCAGUGAGGAGAAUGAAUCAUAUUGGAUCUAUUCAAGGAACACUAAAAAUCCAGCUGAAGAUCAAGCUGUGGUGGGGAGCUGCACAGGUCAGUUACCACCAUCUCAGAACCUACAGUCAAACAUGACUUGUCUGCUACUGAACUCUGAGGAGGAAUUUCAGAUGUAGGUUAAAAAGAAGUUGGAAUUCUGAAUCGCUACACAUGCACAGGCAAUAAUAUCGGAAAAAAUGUUGAAACCACGAGUGAGACCUUCAUGGCCUGGUGGCAACUAAAGUGAACUAGAAAAGUCUGACAGUAGAUAUAUUAUCAUCAUAUUAUUGAAAAAAAUCCUAAAUUGCUCAGAAGACAGUGAAUCCCAGUGGACAGACACUGUAGUUAAUCCUUCCUCAAGUUGAAUCAUUUCCUUCACUGUAUCAAAUGUUCUGGGCUGGGACUGAAUCUUCAAAUGCCUGAAACCUGCAGUUCAAUGUCUAGAAGAAAUGAAAAAGAUAU